AUGAAGCUUCACGCUCUUAUCCCUUUCCUUCUUGCCCCUCUUGCAGCUUCGCUUGCUCUCCCUGAGGUCAACAAUGGAGUGGUCGAUGCCAACAACGAUGCUACUCCCGCCAAAGGAGCUUUUGAGAACUUUGCUACCCCCGCUGACGUGACUACUCUCGAGGCUAAUGGAGUUGAUGUUGCCACUCUCACCUGCAACAAUAACCAAGACUGUGGACUUUAUGCGCUUUGCAUUAAUAAGAAAUGCGUCGUCGGAAUCUUACCUCCUGAACUUGCCACGCGUGAUGAGGAAACCAACCUCGACACUGAGGGUGAACCGCGUCGCUGCAACAAUAUCAACCUGUGGUGCCCCCCUCAUCAGUUCUGCUACCGCAGCGUUUGCGUUAGCAUUGGUGCCCUCGGUGCCCGUGCUGAUGGUUAG